AUGCCCGGAAGAGGUGCUCAUCGGCAGUUUGACAACUUUAAGCGAGUCUUCAAGGUGGUGGAGGAAAUGCGGGGCUCCCUGGUGGACAACAUUCAGCAACACUUUCUCCUUUCUGACCGGUUGGCCAGGGACUAUGCGGCCAUUGUCUUCUUUGCCAACAACCGCUUUGAGACGGGGAAGAAAAAACUGCAGUAUCUGAGCUUUGGUGACUUUGCCUUCUGUGCUGAGCUCAUGAUCCAGAACUGGACCCUCGGAGCCGUUGACUCCCAGGUGGCUGACAUGGAUGUGGAUUUAGACAAGGAGUUUCUCCAAGACUUGAAGGAGCUCAAGAUGCUUGUGGCUGACAAAGACCUCCUGGACCUGCAUAAGAGCCUGGUGUGCACUGCCCUCCGGGGAAAGCUUGGUGUCUUCUCUGAGAUGGAAGCCAACUUCAAGAACCUGUCCCGGGGGCUGGUGAACGUGGCCGCCAAGCUGACCCACAAUAAGGAUGUCAGAGACCUGUUUGUGGACCUCGUGGAGAAGUUCGUGGAACCCUGCCGUUCUGACCACUGGCCACUGAAUGAUGUGCGGCUCUUCCUGAAUCAGUAUUCGGCAUCCGUCCACUCCCUGGAUGGUUUCCGGCACCAGGCCCUCUGGGACCGCUACAUGGGCACCCUCCGUGGCUGCCUCCUCCGCCUCUAUCAUGACUGAGGUCCCCUCCCGCCACCCUGCCCCCACUGACAA